CAGCAUGAGCACCGUCUCUUUACCUUACCACGUCGUCUUCGACAUCCUCUUGAGGACGCCGGUCAAGUCUGUCUGCCGGUUCCGAUGCGUCUCCAAAGCCUGGCGCGACCUCAUCCGCAGCCCGGUCUUCGCGGCGGCCCACAAGUCCCGGCACGGCCCGCUCCUCGUCGACGCCGGCUCCUUCCACGAGGAAGAACCCGCCGGCGGCCGCGACCUGCGGCUCAUGGACAUGGACGGCAGCGUGGUGAGAGUCAUCAGGGGCGCCGGUGGCUUCGGGAUGAUGAGCAACACGAGCCUCGACGACCUCAUAUGCGUCAACGGCGCCUCCUGCGACGGCAUCAACGUGGUCGAUCCGGCCACCGGGGAAGUUCUCCUGACAUGCCCACAAGUGGACAUCGUAGAGGAGCACGACAAGUUUCCCUACGUCGCCAUGCGCUACUACGUUAAUUUCGGCAUCGGCCGUGCCGUCCCGUCGAAUCAAUACAAGCUGGUCCGCCUCGUCGCCGACAAGACUUGCGAGGUCUUCACUUUAGGAGACGGCGGAGGAGGGUGGAGGCAAGCGCAGCCGUUGCCGGUCCACCGACGCCAGCCCCGGUCAGAUCCUAUCCGCAUCCUCCCUGAUCAAGGCUCUCCCAUCGCCGUCAAUGGCGUCAUGUACUUCUUGUCGCGAGAUAGCUGUGCAAGCUUGCUCUGCUUCGACCUGGAGAGGGAGCAAUGGAAGACGGGCAUAAUACAAGGGCCGCACAAAGUUGUUGGCUUGAAGAAGUGGGCGGAAACUGCAGGGAUCCGCAUAACGGAGCUCAACGGCGCCCUGUGCAUGGUCCAAGCGGCGUGCGGGACGUAUUCACAACCGAUUGAAUGUCCGGUCACCAACAUAUGGACCCUGGAUAAUUUGGGCAAGCAGGGUGACUGGAUCAAGGCGUACACGAUCCCAAUGGCGCCGAAUGCGUGUCGUUAUAUGCCAUUGAGGGUGAUGCGCGGUGGUGGGAAGCUGCUCUUGCAAUGCUCUUUUGAUCAAGGACGAUCGUUGGUACUUCAGAUCUACGAUCAUCACACUGAUACCUGCACAAACGUUACCGGGGCGCCGGCCGAUCUUGCGGGUAGAAUUGGCCUCUGUAACUUCCGUUUGGACCAUCCCGUGCCCGCCAAGAAUUUGUUGGCACUUCUUUUAGACCAAGCAUGUUGUUAUUUUUCGGUCACUAGCUAG